UGUGAUGUUCGGCUGUCGGUGCGGUGGCUCGUCACUUGGAGCGGUGGGGAACCGCACCUCUGAUGAGCUUUCGGUCCGUGUCCCUGUCUUAAAUUCUGGUGGGAACGAGACCAGAAAAGCGACAGAAGGCCGUGCUCGUCAAACUGAAUACCAUUCACCCGCCACGAAUGAAUGAACACUUAAUCUAAAACACAGCUGUAUCAUUGAGUGCUGGACAAACCUAAGUCCCUUUUGCAGGUUCAUAUCUAGUGCCACCUCCAAUUGGAAACAUGCAUUUGUUUACAUAAUACAUUCGAUCUCUCGGUGAGAAAAGGGGAUAAAAAGACCCGCAAAUAUAUCAUUUUUAAACUCGGCACAUUUGUCAAUUACACUGUGUGUGGCCUUAAACUGAAAACAAUAAUUAGGGAACAUUUCGGGGAAUGGCUCUUCGUAAAAUAUAGAGGUCAGAAAGAGUAGAAAAUAAGAGUUGGAGAUUGCACUUGCUUACACCAUGGGGUGGGUAGGCGGUGGCUGAUGAAAAUUAAAUAUGUAAAAAAUAUCUUUUUUAAAUAUAAAACACAUUUUCUGAUGGGUUUUUUUAUUGGCAAUAACCCAAAUAGAAACAUGACGUCAUAAGACAACGGCGUCCAACAGCGUUCUACGUCACGCGGCAUGUUAUUGGGGAGGCGGGGGUGACGUCACGCGGUAUUCCCGCGCCUCUGAUUGGUCAACCGUGGCCGGGUGAGGGUAUAAAAGCGCGCGCCCAACCCGGCGCCUCCGUCUUUUGCCCGUGAGCGCCAAGUUGUCGUUCUUGCGGUGACGGGGUCCCCUCUGUCAAAGGUUGCAGUCGCAACAGCGGCUGCUGUUGUUGCCAGUCGCGGAGUUGCUAGAGCCUGCACGAUGCCUCCGACACUCGGGGCGGGUGCGGCGGGAAAGCUGAACCUGAGGGAGCUGCUCCCCUCCGUGCUGCGCGAGCGCAUCAUGGUGCUGGACGGCGGCAUGGGCACCAUGAUCCAGCAGCACCAGCUUGCCGAGGAGGACUUCCGCGGUGACGCCUUCCGCGAGCACUCCCGGCCUCUCCAGGGCAACAACGACCUCCUGAGCAUUACGCGGCCUGACGUCAUCUACGGCAUCCACAGGGAAUACCUCCUCGCCGGGGCGGACAUCAUCGAGACGAACACUUUCAGUGGGACGAGCAUCGCGCAGGCUGAUUACGGCCUGGAGCACAUGGCGUACGAGCUGAACAAGGUGUCGGCGGAGCUGGCCAAGAGGGCAGCCAAGGAUGUGGGCGCCGAGACGGGUGUGCGCAGGUUCGUCGCCGGCGCCAUGGGCCCCACAAACAAGACGCUGUCCGUCUCACCGUCCGUGGAGAAACCCGAGUUCAGGAACGUCACGUUUGACGAGCUGGUGCAGGCCUACACGGAGCAGGCGCGCGGGCUGCUGGACGGUGGUGCCGACAUCAUGCUGGUCGAGACAAUCUUCGACACCGCCAAUGCCAAGGCCGCUCUCUUUGCUCUGCAGCUGCUCUUUGAAGCAGAAUUUGAGCCGAAACCGAUCUUUGUGUCGGGCACAAUCGUGGACAAGAGUGGCCGCACGCUGUCGGGGCAGACGGGGGAGGCGUUCGUCAUCAGCGUCUCGCACAGCCAGCCCAUGUGCCUCGGCCUGAACUGCGCGCUGGGGGCGGCCGACAUGAGGCCCUUCGUCGAGGCCAUCGGCAAAGCGACGUCCUCCUUCGUCAUCUGCUACCCCAACGCAGGUCUACCAAACACGUUUGGCGAUUACGACGAAACGCCGGAGAUAACGGCAGGGCACCUCAAGAGCUUCGCCCAGGACGGCCUCGUCAACAUCGUGGGCGGCUGCUGUGGGACGACCCCCGCACACAUCAAGGCGAUAGCGGAGGCGGUGCGGACGUGCAAGCCCAGGGUCCCACCCACAUCCCCCUAUGAUGGCUACAUGCAGCUUGCGGGCUUGGAGCCGUUCCGCAUCGGGCCCUACACCAACUUCGUCAACAUCGGCGAGCGCUGCAACGUCGCCGGCUCCCGCAGAUUCGCGAAACUCAUCACGGCCGGGAAGUACGAGGAGGCGCUGGCGAUUGCAAAGUCCCAGGUGGAGUCCGGUGCCCAGAUCCUCGACAUCAACAUGGACGAGGCGAUGCUAAACGGAGUGGAGGCCAUGGCGCACUUCUGCAAGCUCAUCGCCUCCGAGCCCGACAUCGCCAAGGUUCCGCUGUGCAUCGACUCGUCGAACUUCGCGGUGAUCGAGGCCGGCCUCAAGUGCUGCCAGGGCAAGUGCGUGGUGAACAGCGUGAGCCUCAAGGAGGGUGAGGCCGACUUUCUGGAGAAGGCCCGGGUGGUUAACCGCUACGGGGCCGCCCUCGUCGUCAUGGCCUUCGACGAGAUUGGGCAGGCCACAGACGCCGACCGCAAACUGGAGAUCUGCUCGCGCUCCUACCAGCUGCUCACGCGCUCGGUCGGAUUCAACCCCAACGACAUCAUCUUCGACCCCAACAUCCUUACCAUCGCCACAGGCAUGGAGGAGCACAACCUCUAUGCCAUCACCUACAUGGAGGCUGCACGGCGCAUCAAGGCCACGCUGCCUGGCGCGCGGGUGAGCGGGGGCCUCUCGAACCUCUCCUUCUCAUUCCGCGGGAUGGAGGCGAUCAGGGAGGCCAUGCACGGCGUGUUCCUGUAUCACGCCAUCAAGGCAGGCAUGGACAUGGGCAUCGUGAAUGCAGGCUGCCUCCCCGUGUACGACGACAUCGACAAGGACCUGCUGGACAUGUGCGAGAAGCUCAUCUGGAACCGCGACCCCGAAGCCACGGACAAGCUGCUGCAGUACGCACAGGUGCGUGCGCGCGUUUGCACACCUAAAGGCAGCAAAAAGGCGGUACAAAACGACGAAUGGAGGAGCGGCUCCGUGGAGUCCAGGCUGCAGUACGCCCUCGUCAAGGGCGUCGAGAAAUUUGUGGUGGAAGACACGGAGGAGGCUCGCCUCGACCACGUCCAGUACGCGCGGCCGCUGCACAUCAUUGAGGGCCCGCUCAUGAGCGGCAUGAAGGUCGUCGGCGACCUCUUCGGGCAGGGAAAGAUGUUCCUGCCGCAGGUGAUAAAGUCGGCGCGUGUGAUGAAGAAGGCAGUGGGACACCUCAUCCCGUUCAUGGAGAAGGAGCGCGCGGAGCAGAUGAUCCUCUCUGGCUGCACCGACGAGGUGGACCCGUACCAGGGCACCAUGGUGCUGGCGACUGUGAAGGGCGACGUCCACGACAUCGGCAAGAACAUCGUCUCCGUGGUGCUCGGAUGUAACAACUUCCGGGUCAUCGACCUGGGGGUCAUGACCCCGUGCGAGAAGAUCCUGCAGGCGGCCGUGGAGCACCGCGCAGACUUCAUCGGGCUGUCCGGCCUCAUCACGCCCUCGCUGGACGAGAUGAUUCACGUCGCUCGGGAGAUGGAGCGCGUUGGGAUGCGAAUCCCCCUGCUCAUUGGUGGGGCCACUACUUCCCAGCGGCACACAGCGGUGAAGAUCGCCCCGCGCUACGGUGGCACCGUGGUGCACGUGCUGGACGCCUCGCGCAGCGUCGUGGUGUGCUGCAGCCUUCUGGAUGGCACCGUGCGUCAGGACUAUGUGGAGGAGCUGGCGGAUGAAUACGAGGAGCUGCGGCAGGAGCACUAUGACUCGCUGAAGGACCGCAAGUAUCUGGGGCUGCAGCAGGCGCGACAACGCGCACUGCACGUGGACUGGGCCUCGCACCCUCAACCCGUGCAGCCCAGCUUCCUGGGCACGCGCGUCUUCCGCGACUACGACCUGCACCGCGUCGUGCCCUACAUCGACUGGCGUCCGUUCUUCGACGUGUGGCAGCUGCGCGGGCGCUACCCCAACCGCGCCUACCCCAAGAUCUUCAAGGACAAGACGGUCGGCGAGGUGGCGCGUAACCUCUUCGCCGACGCCACCGCGCUGCUCUCGGAGCUGCUGGACAGCGGGCGUCUUCACGGCAACGGCGUCGUCGGCUUCUGGCCGGCGAGCGCCGUCGGCGACGACAUCCACGUCUUCGGCGGCGACGAGGAGGCGAGGGGGGACGACGACGACGUGGGGGAGGGGACCUCGCCCGUCGCCGUGCUGCACGGCCUGCGCCAGCAGGCGGAAAAGGACUCGUCGGAUCCGGGCCCGUACCUGUGCCUGUCGGACUUCGUGGCGCCGCGCAGCGCCCGCGUGCGCGACUACGUCGGCCUCUUCGCCGUCGGCUGCUUCGGCGCCGAUGAAGAGUGCCGGCGCUACGAGCGCGAGCUCGACGACUACCACUCCAUCAUGGUCAAGGCCAUCGCCGACCGCCUCGCCGAGGCGUUUGCGGAGGAGCUGCACGCUCGCGUGCGGCGCGAGCUGUGGCGCUAUGCGCCGGACGAGUGCGCCGACACGGCGGAGAUGCUGCGCGUGCGCUACGACGGCAUCCGCCCGGCACCGGGCUACCCCAGCCAGCCCGACCACUCAGAGAAGAUCGCCAUGUGGCGGCUCGCCAACGUACAGCGGGACACGGGGAUCGAACUGACCGACAGCCUCGCCAUGUCCCCGGCGGCCUCUGUGUGCGGCCUCUACUUCUCCAGCCCCAAGUCCACGUACUUUGGGGUCGGCAAGAUCACCAAGGAGCAGGUGGAGGAUUACGCGGCGCGCAAAGGGAUCGCCUUGGAGGAGGCGGAGCGCUGGCUGCGACCCAACCUCGCCUAUGACGCUGACGCUGACGCCGCCAAUGGCUACAGAUAACGGUUCUCACCGCCGCCGGGGCGUAAACUGCCGCCACCGCGGGGCUAACGCUUGCCCGCGCCGGGAGACGACGCCGCCACUCGCGCCACUCGACCCCCCCCUCCUCCCCCGCCACGACGUCAACAACAUCCCCCGAUGGGUGGCGGCUCCGGUGAAAUACCGCCGAUAAGGCGGCCACGCGUGGAGGAAAACGAAAACACUACGGUUGAAUUUUACUAAUGCUGCUGCUGUGGCUGCCGUUAGCAGGCACCCAGCGAUUUUCAAUGGUGCUCAGGGUGUGGACGCCACUUUUCGCAGUCCACUCUGACGGACGCAUCUGUUUACUGUGAAACCCAUUGUGCUGCAGUCGCUUUGUACCGCUCGCUCAUUCGUCCGCUCACUCGCUGCACCGCAGACGUCGUUGACGGACGCCGUGGGGGUUGAGGGUGAGGGAUGGGUGCUGCGUGUCAGUGCCACACACCCAGCGGAACAUUUUGUGGAAUGCUGGGAAAUAAUUUCAGGAUGAGAAAUUGAUUGCAUAGAAAUUUAGUUAAUUAUGUAUAUGCCUGUAUAUGUAUAUGAAAACAAGUUGUACAUCAAGUAUACUUGUUUAUUUAACAAUUUAGCAGUCCAUCGGGCACGCAAAGCACGUAACGGAGUUAAAUUGGUCAACUCGGAGAGAUGUGGCACUGAGGUCACGAGUCCUGGGGUAAGUUGACCUUUCGUGCUACAGGCACUCAAACGCCCAGGGUUCAAUUUCGGCGGAGUCUGUCCAGAAUACAUUGCAGUAUCUGUGCCAGGCACACCACAUCCGGCAGCGUGUCUCUGCCACUGUGGCUGUGGAUCGCUUGUCACGCACUUCCUCCAGUUUCCGUGCGACCCGAAUCCGUUCCAGGUCUGUAACCCGACAAUAAUUCGGCACCCAGCACACCACAUCCAGUAUGUACGUAUGUUAAACUUCUUUUGCACACACCGUAUGUAGCCAACCGUGCUAAUCGGAGGUGCGGGAAAGGACAACUUACUAAACACAAAAGGCAGUACUAAAAAAACGAGUUUUCAAUCGAGAUGAUUUAAAUGUAUACCUCUCACUAUGACUGUUUUCUACAUGUCCAGGUGCUCCGACGUAUUACACUUACAGUAUUUUCAUCUUUCUUGAAUUCCUAAUUUAGGCCGAGUCUCUCCCUCUAGGGCAGGGUUCUGCAAUUAAAAUAAGAAACGCCAUUUUCGUUCGAAUUCGAUAAAAAAAAAAACUCUUUCAACAGCCGCAAUGCACGUGUUAAAUACGAGACGGGGUGGUCCUUCAUAAAUAACGUCUCAAAACGGUCCUUAAUGAGCCGCAUGCGGCUCCGGAGCCAGUUUGCCAACCCCUCCCUACGGUGAUCUGGACUCCCACAGUGAUCUGGGCUCACACGGUGAACUGGACUCCCACGGUGAACUGGGCUCCCCCACGGUGAACUGGGCUCCCACGGUGAUCUAGACUCCCACAGUGAACUGAGCUCCCAUGGUGAUCUGGGCUCCCACGGUGAUCUGGGCUCACACGGUGAACUGGGCUCCCACGGUGAUCUGGACUCCCACAGUGAACUGAGCUCCCAUGGUGAUCUGGGCUCCCACGGUGAUCUGGGCUCACACGGUGAACUGGACUCCCACGGUGAACUGGGCUCCCCCACGGUGAACUGGGCUCCCCCACGGUGAACUGGACACCCACGGUGAACUGGGCUCUCCUAUGGUGAACUGGACACCCACGAUGAACUGGACUCCCACGGCCAGAGGUUGGCAACCAAAAUAACAGAGCCAUUUUUUCCCCAAUUUCAAGAGCCACCGCAUGUGGCUCCAGGUAGCCGACCUCUGCUGUGGAGGAUCUCGUCUCUAGAGGUCCCUCUAGUCGGGGUCACGCGACUGGCAGCAGUGGUGGGAGCCGAGCCAUUGCAGCGCUGCAGUUUCGCUCUGCUUGCUUUGGGUCACACCUCACUCUUCACCGUCUUAUGCGUACGCUCGCAUCAAACGACUGUAUGUAUCACUUGAAAUAGAUUGUUUUGAUACAGAAUUUAUCAUGCUAUAUUUUGUGUAUGUUUAAAUGUUAAUGCAGAGAAUUAUUUAACAAUUAAAAAAUUACUAUGGA